GAGUUAAACCUUGGUUCCGGUUUCAGAUGGAAAUUUUAUAAGUUAUCCUAAACUUUGACCUUAUUUACAUUUUUGUUUCGGUUGUAUCUUCUCCAAUUUAGUUAAUCCAGUUAAAUCAUUUGGUCCCCUACUUGGAGUUCCGUCUUUCCUUUUACAGUAAGCUUUCCUGCCUGGCAUUACUGAAUUAUUCAUUAUCUCUCAUAAUUGCAGAUGAAGAGCUAGAAACCAUCAAUUGUAGGUCAGGCCAAUAUUUCCUAUACUAGACACUGCUCAUCCAGCAAAAAACGAGUUCUUGAUCUUCAUUUUAUGAUCAAACAUGAAAGCAUCAAAUUGUGAAUUUGAAGCAGAGGCAGUGUCUGAAGAUGAAUCCGACAUCAGCAGUCAAGUUGCUUCCAAUAUCUCCAUCCAUGGAGCUUCUCCAGAACCUUCCAAGGACACCACCAUUUCCACCUGCCUCACAAAUCUCAUGAAGCUUGAACCUAAUAUGAGGCCCAUUUCCCUCAAUUUAAGCCUUAGCUUCAAAAAUAGUGAUAGUGAUAUGGGGGGCACAAAAGAGUCAGUGGGGCUCUCACUAUCGAGCACCAGUGAGAGUAGCAGUGAAGUUGCUCCUCACACUCCAUCGACCUCCUUCCCUAGAGUUUUCUCUUGCAACUAUUGUCAACGCAAGUUCUUCAGCUCACAGGCUUUGGGUGGGCACCAGAAUGCACACAAGAGGGAGAGGACACUAGCAAAGAGAGCCUUGCGGAUGGGAAUCUUCUCAGAGAGGUAUGCCAGCCUGGCAUCCCUUCCCCUACAUGGGUCAGCAUUCCGGUCCCUUGGGAUCAAAGCUCACUCAAUGCACCAUGGCAUUGCAGCACCAGAGAGGCCCCCUGAGAUUAAAACUGGUGCCAGGUUUGAACACAGCUACUUUGGGCCACCGAUGCUCUUGGAAGAUGAUGACGCAGAGCUGUUUUGGCCUGGGAGUUUUCAACAAGUGCCUGAGGGAAUUGGUUCCCAUCCAGGUUUUGAAUUGGCAGGAAGCUCAUCUUUUAAUUUCGUAGCAGUGGCUCCAGCACCAGAAGCAGAUUCAUCCCCACCAGAUCUUACACUGAGACUUUAAGAGGUUCCUUUCUUUUUACAUACAAUUAUUGCAGCAUUGUUCUCUCUGUACAGUGAGAUGUGCAUGAGCUAUGUGUGCAUGCUUUUUCUUCAUCUCUGGAUGAUGUUUUAUUAUAUGUUGUCAUCACUGUAUAAGAGUUCCUGAGGGGAAAUUUCAGUGUCUGUGAUUGUUAUUAUACUGAUCAAUGCUGUUUGUGUGGUGGAGAUAUGCAAUCAUCUUAAUGCCCAUAAUGUGCUUUAUCA